AUGGUUCUGUUUCUGCCCGUCGGAAGGCGUGCAGAGAACGUAACAGCACUGCCAACGUUGUUAUCUCUGACUUUGAGGUUAUGGGUUGCAACAGCCGUUAUUUCGGCGGUCCAUGCAGGUAAAUGGAACAGAAGACCGUUUGAAAAACGUUUGUCAGCCGAUUUCAGCUGGGGAAGGUUGUGUAGUAUCAAUAAUCGCAAUUGCAGAGAUGUACCGGCAGCUCAGGGGUGUUCACCGCGUCAAGUGGAACAAACAAAACAAAAUGACGCCUACGAUAGCAAGUUCUCCAGAGUAUCCAUGGUUGUCAGCGACGAAGGUGUGGAAUCACUUCGUCAAUCAAGGGUACUGCUGGUCGGAGCCUCCAAAGUUUCUUCGGAGAUCAUUACACACCUUCUCAGGUCAGGUGUAGGUACGGUAGAGAUUUGGGACCCCGAUGUCGGUCGUGCUAAAGAUGUGGUAUCACAAGCUUUGCUCCUACAACCGGAUGCAAAUUUGAAGUUAUUGGAGGCGGAACCCGAGUAUGAAAAAUUGUGUCACCAUGCUGUGAUUUUUGUAGACCAGCCCAUACACAAGGCAAUAGAAGUCAAUGCCGUCACAAGGAACAAGACGAAGUUCAUAUACGUCACUUCAAUAGGUGUGUAUGGUCUCGUGCUGUCCGAUUUUGGUGAUCAGCACCGGGUUCAGGCAACCUCUGACAUGCAGAAUGCAGAACAUCAAGCCAGCUUGUCAGCCGACGGCGAAAACGCUGCCAUAGAAGUAUCGGCCGAUGACGGUAUAUUGCAAUAUGUACCAGGUGAUAUUAUCCGCAUAUCCAUGCCAAAGUAUCUUAUGCCUGACAAUGAAGGCAACGCGAUCGACACGGGCAGACUCAUUAUGGAUGCCGAAGUACUUAAGGUAGAACCGAUCAGCGAACAAUCUGUGAAAUUGGUCAUCAAUACCGAUACUAGGGACUGGCCUAAAGGUGUGUUUUACGUUCGAAAGGUGGAUGCGCCAACCAACUUUCGAUUCGUAUCAUUGGGAGACUUGGUGAAGGGAUUGUUCGGAGGGAAACCCAGAUUAUGGGAAUCAUUGUUGCAUUUAUUUCGCCGAAACAGUAUAAAUCCUGGGAGACUUGUUAUAGCUCCGUCUGAAGAAAACGCAUUUAAUGAGAAGGUCAUCACAGUCGCAGCGGCUCUUAUGGCGUCACAGGGUGGACAGACGCAGCCAAUGGGUAACACCGAAAAGGUGGAAAAUGACACGUUGCUCGCGAAAUGCUGCAGGCGGCUUUACCCCAAUGUGGACAAGCUCGUGAUUAAAACGUUUUCAACACUUAGGCAUGUGGACGCACCAGCUAUCGUCACGCUAAUGGGGUCGCUAGCCGCGCAGGAAGCAAUUAAGGGAUUAACUUCCAUGUUUACACCCGCAGAAAUCAUAAUGGUGGACAGAAGCGAUAUAUUCCCCAACAAUGGUGUGGGUAUAUCUAUGGGGGAUGCGCAGGCGCACAUUCAACUACCUAGUAGGUGCGGAUAUCUACUCGUAGGGGCAGGGGCACUUGGAUGCGAAUAUCUUAAACUUAUAGCCCGUAUGGGUGUGGAAUAUGUCACUGUGCUGGACGACGAUGUGGUGGAUGUCUCCAAUCUGACACGUCAAAACCUUUUCACAAUGGAGGAUGUCGGAAGCAGCAAGGCUGUGGCAGCUGUGAAGAAUCUGCAAAGGAUGACAAAUCGCCGUCUUCAAAGCUACACGCCACGGAACGUCGCAUUCACAGAGAAUUUCCGACUUACAACGAAAGCUCCCGUCAAACACACAGUAUUGUUAUCGGCAGUGGAUAAUAUACAUGCCAGGAUGCUUAUGGACAACUAUGCCGUAGAGAAUUCACACGUUUUUGUAGAGGCUGGAAUACAUGGCAUGCAAUGUAGCACUUUCAUAUCUGUACCGUAUUUUACGGAAACGUAUGGGUCAACCGUAGGAUCGGAAGCCUUCUUAGACGCCAGUGCCAGCUGCUCCGUUAAAGGAGUGCCCCGGACCAUAGUAGAUGCCGUUUUCUACGCUAUAGAGCUGUAUUCGUGGGUUUUUAACGAGCAGCAUGAUAUAUUUCACAAAUUCUACACCAACCCCCUAGGUACCAUCAGAUCUGCCUUGCAGUUGGGUGAUAAGCACUUCGUUAACGUCAUCGAGUCGAUAUUGAGCAAUUCCCAACUUCUAUCAUCAAGCUUGACCCCUCAUGAAUGGGCUGCAAAAGCAUAUGCGGCACAUUUCAAGGUGGACCUCCCCCUAAAGAAGAUGUUAAUAGACGCCAUGGCCGGAGUUAAAAAGCGUUCCAUGCAUUCUGUGACAACAACCCCGCACGAACGUCUUGAUUACACAAAUACGCUUAUGCAAGACGCGGUAAACAUCAUUGAGUCUCACUUAAGGUCAAUUAAAAGACCGUUAAAGGACCAAGAUUUUAUCACGUGCGUUGAUGCUGUAAAAAGGCUUUUUAGUGAUCCCGGCGUGAAGAAAUUGUUGCGCCAGGAAGUAAAAAUGGAUUUGCAGCCAUUAUCAUUUGACGAAAAUGAUGCAAAUGAUCGCAAUUGCCUCUUUGCAGCUAGCAAUAUGCGAGCCUACAAUUUUGGCAUUGGCCAAAAGGAUAUGUCCACUAUUAUAAAAAUUGCAAAGCGCAUUGUUCCUGCUAUCUCCACAACUGUUGGUAUAGCUGCAUCUAUGGCUAUUCUGGAAAUAUAUAAGGCUUUACCGUUAAUGGAGGUCGCCUCAGAAACCAAUGCAGAAAUUCCGUGGGGCAAGUGGAGCAAACAUACUACCGAAAACAACGUCGCAUAUGCAAAGUCAAAUGGACACCAGUGGUUUCUUCUGGAUAGUAAUGGGCCCACUCAUUCGGCCUCAUCCAAAAUAGUAGCAUCUCUGAGGUUAGUUGAUUACCAACGAAACCAGGAUCUGCAACACGGACUCCGUAAUAAUUUCUUCAAUCUCAGCAUAAUGAAGUACAUUUCAAACCAUGCAAACCCUCCCGACUUAUACGAAAUCAGCAGUGCAAAGGCGCUGCUUAAGGGUUCCGUGUUUUCUGCGUGGGACUACAUCACCAUUCAAGACGUCAUCGUCAAACCGACUGCAACGGACGCUACGCAACCGCCAAUUGAGGCGGAAGAUGAUCGUAAAUUAAAACUUGGUGAUUUGGCCUAUCUCCUUGGGAAAUUGUUCGACGCGGAAUCGGAUGCGUUUUAUGCGUUCGGCACUGUCGUUACUUUGUCAGAGCGAAACACGCGUCAAUCGGUUAGGGGCACAUUUCAUGUUCGUGACACAGUUGUGUUACGAGUUGUAGCCCGAGACAAUCAAACCUUGCAACCCACAGACCUCCCGCAUAUAAUAUAUAGACUUUGA